UCCAUAUAUUCUCUCCAGAAUCGAAACCGAGAGAAGAAGAAAUCAAGAAACCAGUAGAGCCCUAAAACCAUGGCCAUGGAAACCUACGCAUCAAGAAACCCUGAGCAAAUCCAUACCGAUGUCCUCUCUAAAUCCAGACAAGCUUGCUAUAAAGCUCGUGAUGCUUUUUAUGCCUGCUUGGAGAAGGAAUCCGCCAAGAAACCAACAGAAAUUGGCUCUGUGGGACUUUUAUACCCAUUGGAAUGUAAAGCCUCGAGAACGGAAUUUGAGAGGAAUUGUCGCGCUUCUUGGGUGAAGCAUUUUGAUCGGUUAUACUGCAAGAACAAGAGGGUGCAGAGGCUAUUGGAUGACAAAGAGUCCAGGAGAGGUCCAUUGUCACUUCCACAGCCUUAUACAUUCAAGCCCACUAACAGUUAACUUUUAAGGUUUUGGUUAUAUGUGUUGUCUUUGAAAUAUUGUUCUCUUUGUUGGGUAGUUGAUGAAUUUAGGGGGUUGUUCAAUUCAAAUGAAUUCAACAAAGUAAUAAUAUUUUGUUUUACUUGCAA